AUGUGCCUCCACGUGAUGAAGGUUGCCCGCACCCCUGAAGCGCCACACCGCGAGGAGAGCACGAACCCGUCCGCCUCCACGGCCUUGCCGUCAGCGACGGCCUCGUCGUCUUGCCCCGUCGAGCAUGGCGUGCCAGAUGAUGAAAGCCGCCUCACAAGACUGUACGAGGCUGCUGUGGAGUACGAGUCUGCACUACGAGUUGAGAACUACACGCGGCGACUCCGUUCAGACGAGUCCUGUGGCACUAGCGAUGCGACUCGACUGGCUUCGCAAAGAGCGUGUCGCAUGCUGCAACGGCGACACCCAGCUCUGCGCUCGUUGUCGCUGAGCGUCGAAGGCAUGCACUCCGCCGAGGCCGAUCGUACUUCGGAGACUCAGCUCCCCGCGGACUCGACAAUGUCCGCAGCAAAUAGGCUACAGGCCUAUCUCAGCCCGGCGUUCUUCGCGUGGUGGUGUGCGUCACAGGAGCCUUCCACUUCCAGUGCGCAGGUAGCAGCAGCGGCACCCCUACACACCAGUACCGUGGAGAGCAAUGUGAGACCGCGACCCCCGCUUCCCCUGCACACAGCUGAGAGCGACGCACAAGUAGAUGAGGGUGCGCAUGGCGAAGGGCUGGUGGCGCUGUACAUGGACUUGGUUGACCAGGAAGGGUCGGCGAAUUAUCACGAGGCCGCUGUGAACGCCGCGUACACCAGAGAAAGGGAGGCUGCGGACAGGGCUGCACUUCUCAGUGCGCAGCAGACCACCAUGGCAGGAUGCCCCUGCGGUUUCGCGGCGCGUGGCGGCGCUCCAUCAGCAGAUGCGCCACUGGGCAACACGUCUUCGUUGCUGCCGGGGGAAGAUGACAUCAGACUUGUGCUGCAGCCUGUCCUCGGCGGUGUCGCACAGAGGCGAUGUCGCAGCGUUCAGGAGCACCCGGAGUCGGGGCCGUCGGUGACGUCGACUUCCGCCAUGGCCGAUGGGUCAUGUCUGCCGGCUGGAAAGGAGACGACAGCACGCAUGUGUGCCGUGUGCGAGCUGAGCGGCGUCGUCGCGGUGGUGCUGCAGGAAGAGGACGAACUGCACCCCUGUCGCACAUGCGGCGCACUGGUGCACAGCUACUGCGCCUGCUCAGGCACCACUGCCGACGCCUACUACUGCUGCAGCCACUGCUGCCCGGACGAUGACACGGCGUGA